AUGUGCCAGUCAUGCCGGGAGAAACAUCGACGAUAUGCAACGACGAAGAGGGCUAAACGGAAGCUGGAGAAAGCUGCAUUACAAGGACAGACUCUGAUAGCCUUCGAACAAAUUUCAGGAUCUUCGUUGUUGUCAGAGUCCACGACGGAAAGGAGUAGUUCACCUGGGUCACAAAGCAAGAGUGCUACUCUAGAUGUCCAGUCUCAUUCAUCACCGGAAAGUGCAACAUCGACACAAACACCAUCCGUCACGAAGCCCUCAUAUUCAAAGAACUCUAUUCAGCCGCCUUCAACGCUAUUGCCUCUCCCGGGAACGACAUGGGACAUCAGCAAUAUAGACCCCCGGAUGUUUGAAGCACAACCUGGCAGCUCUGAGCUUGCUGGGGCCCUGACUCCUCUGCCACGCUCCACCCUUCCGCAAUCGGCAAUGACUUCGACACCCCAGUUUGAUUUUCAAACACCAACAGUUCUCUCGGCCUCCCCAGAGGCGACGCAAGACCCAACAGAUGACACGCAGUCAGCUGGCGUAUCAUCUUCCGGAACUCGCAGAUUUUGCUCUAUCAAGGGAUGUAAAUCCAUUCUCGCAGGUGACUACAACUACAAGAUGUGUAAUCCAUGUCGAGAUCGAUAUAAAAAUUAUGGAGUAACGAAGCGGGCAAAGUGGAAGGCGGAACGCAUCGCUUUUGACCAAGAGCUGGAAAACCUGAAACGCGUCGAAGACGAGAGGCGGGCUAAGGCAGGAUUAGGACGUCUUAGUGCCUCUCCCGAAGAGCUGCGGGCAUGGGAGCUCUCUAUCAUCGACGAAAAAGUCGCUUUACCUCCUACCCUUGCCAAUGUUCUGUCCUCAGUGGCUUCAAACGCGAUUGUUAGCUCUUCACCAUACGCACUUAGCCUUGCGCAAAUCCUUGCACCAUUGGACCAGUUAGACUCAACCCAAGCCGCGCGGUUGGCUCACCUCAUGCGGAUAAAAUUCGAAAGUAAAACUGACGGGCUUCCUGGGGCUUCUCUGGUUGCUGGAGAACGUUCCAUGUCAGAAGGAGCUCAAGUUUCUGAAGCACAAAACGCACUUGCCAUCUCGAGCUCUCAGAAUGAAGCUGAGUCUGAUUCAUGUGCAAGCAACGAGCAAGGCGCGUCUGGCAUUUCGUCAAGCACAUUACCCGCAGCUCUCGUUCUUCACCAGCGCAUGUGCACAGUCUCGCAUUGUCACACUAUCCUUCCCGGCCACUGUCUAUACAAAAGGUGCGAUCACCACAGAUAUCAGAACAGGAAGCACGGGAAAUUGAAGAGAGUCCGGGAGAAAACAAUCAAAGGGAAAGGCGUUGAUCCUGUUGAAGACGGUGGAGAAGAGGAAGUCAUCGAUACCGAUACCAUAUUGCAAGCCAAUUCUGACCCGUUCGAUAGUGAGACGGUUGAGAAGAGAAAGAUCGAGACAAAAGCAAGGGAACGGGCAAAGCAAUUGAUAUUGACCCGGAAUCUGCCCGGUGUUAAGCGUACGAAGGCAUCCACACCGCAGGUUAAAGUUGACAAGUCCAACAAAGGGGAUAAAGCAAACGCCGCCGAAGGUGAAGUUGAAGACGCGGGUGGGAGCAUAACGAUCUCUAGCGUUACCCCAGCUCAAAUUAUCGAACCCCGUGCUUGCGGCAGCAACCACCUGGUGAAUGAGAAACGUAAAGCCUUUUCUUGUACUGCCCGCAAUUGUUCAAAUCUCAUCAAUCCUUGCCUCCGCUGGCGGAUGUGUGAAACUUGUCGGGCUGUCAGGAAAGAGUUGCGUCUCGGUCAGCUUGAACUGGAGAGGCAAUCGGAGAGUCACGAAGAUGACAGACUUUUGGCACGUGAAGAGGAUCCGGGCCAAGUGUCGGACAAUCCAGAAUCCUUCUCCGUCGAGGACUUGGAGAGGAAUAGAGCCAAUCGAAAUAAGACACUCGGUGACUCUUUGGGAGAACCUGCCGAACUCAGUGAUCGACAUCAUGAUGCUCUGACAAUCAAAGCAUUUACACCCAAAGAGGUUCGAGCUACACAACAAGACCAAGGGCCCCUCUUCGGUGUUCUCCAUGAAUCACGACCAGCAGAAGAUGAGCGAGACGACUUCAUUGUCGCCAAUGGGUCACAAGCAACAGGCAUCGAUGAUGCAGCGAUAACAAGUCAGGAUGUGAAUCCAGAGAAAGAGGACGCCGACACAGGAUGUCGUCAGUCACUCCCAGUCCCAGUCCCUACCUUUUCUCCGACGAUUCCUCGGCCUGCUGAAUUUGUCUAUAAAGCGGAAGACUGGCCGAAGCGAAAACUGACUAGUCCAUCGUCUUCGACAUCCCCGACUACGAUAGUCAAACCUUCUGAUGCUGGUCCAGCCGCAAUCAACGAGCCGGUCCGCAAAAGGCGGAGGCUGAGAACUGUCAAGACACUAGCUAACAUUCCUAAUGAGCUUGCAGGUCAAUCGACGUCGUCAUCCAGGUCUUCUACCUUCAGUGUCGCCGCCCCUCAUGGUCACAUUUCGCACGGAGGUUACUAUCCCUACAUGACUUACUCUCACUCUCCUCCGUUUACACGAAGUUAUUCGUACCCGCCUGGCACAUCGAUUGCCGUACCUUAUCCUUAUCCGUAUGCAUAUCCAGGCUAUGGAUACCCUGGUUAUCCAUAUCCCAGUUAUCCGUUUGGAGGGAGCUCGCAUUCUUAUCCUUACGCAGUGCCGCCUCCUCCCCAACCGCCUUAUCCUUACAACCUUGCACACACACAUCCACCUCCACUGCUUACCCCCCUACCCGCCCCCUCAUCGCCCAUCGAGCGUGCAGACAACAGCUCACGAGUUGACCGCACGGGUGGACAGCAGAUUGAAGAUAGCAAGAGCGUCAAACAAAUGUCGGGAAUUGAAGAGGAUGAGACAACGGCAAAAGUUUCGGAGCAGCGAGAAAUCUCUACAACUACAAAAGAUGUUCCCUCAGUGUCAACCUCUAAUCCUUCCCCAAAGAAAUACAACUUUGUGUCGCCGAUGGUCGCCAAUCCUGUCUCUUCACAGAGCGAAAACGCGCCAAAGAGAAGUCGUGACAUCUUCACAAACUACACACCUCAGACGGUACAGGAUGGAAGUGUAAAAAAACGGAGGAGCACCCCGUUGUUUCAAGCAAAUGCCCAAGAUCGUUUGAAGCAGAUACAGGCUUCUCUAGCAUUAUCCAAGCCCAGAAACGAUUCCAAGGGCGUAUUUGUGACUAUGGCUGAUGAAGUGCCUUCUAGUGCAAGUGCAGGUAGUAGCAAAGUUCGAGGGUCGUUUCGGUAUAUGUUCUACCAACCACCCGCUGACUCCGCAACGUCACAAAGCGUUAUUCCUUCUUCAGAUGGUCCAAUUACAUCAGAUGCAACAGAAACGCAAUCAGAGCCUCCCGUACCUGAAGACGGGGAACGAUAUGAGGAGGCGACUGAUCCAGUGCCAGCUGAACAGAGUGGUACUGUUGGAGACCAGAACGAGGGCGAUAAGCGGUUUACCCAAGCCCAGGGUACUCCUUCACGGUGGUGUAAAAACAAAGCAUGCAAUCGUGUUAUAUCCAACCAUUCUUCAGGUUGGCUAUGUGACAGAUGCAAGACGAAGAUCAAACAUCAUCAGGCGAAGACAAAACUUAGGUUCAAGCUGGAACCAGUGAAGAAAGUGGCACCAACUAAAGGGAACAUUAAGAAGGCGCGAUAG